AGAAUACAAUGAACAGUGAAUACUAAAUAGGCAAAAUCAAAUCAAAUGGCAUUGCCAUUUAUUUAGGUUUCUUAUGAGGUUGCUUUCAUGGGGGUCCGGCUUGGUGUGUGUGCCGUUGCAUUUCUGCCCGCCAACGGGACUCACCGAAAGCACAAACAUUUCCAUUCCCCAAUGCUUCAUAUAAAAACACAAUCUCUACCACCAACUCACCGCUCCUCUCUCUUUCUUUUCCCCCUUUCUCUUUCUCUUCUUUCUAUCUUCUUCACUGUUUCCACUUCCGGCGGCCAUGGACGCCCAUUUCAGCUUCCUUUUCCUCUUUUGAGUAUUCUUUUCCAAGCUUUCAUUCUAUGGCAAUGCAUCGGUACGAACAAGCUGAUGAUGAUGCUCAAACCCAUUUGUUUCCACUCGAUUCUUUGUUUUGUGAGGAGGAGAAAUGGGAGGAAGAGGAAGAUGAAGCUGAUUUAGAACAAACCCAUCACACCCAUUUGUUUUCUUUGGGUUUUUUGGAGGAAGAUCUCUCUGGGGAUGAUGAACGCCUUCUCUCCAUGUUGUCUAAAGAAACGGAGCAGCUAAAACAGACCAAUCUUGAGCUUGAAGCUUUGUUGAUGGAUCCCUCUGUUUCUGCUGCUCGUUCUUCGGCUGUUCACUGGAUGCUCAAAGUUCAAUCCCAUUAUGGCUUCUCAACUCUCACUGCCAUUUUGGCUAUUGCUUAUUUUGACAGAUUCCUCUUGAGCUUCCAUUUUAGGAGCGACAAGCCAUGGAUGAACCAACUUGUGGCUGUUACUUGCCUCUCUUUGGCGGCUAAACUGGAGGAGAUUCAAGUUCCUUUACUCUUGGACCUUCAAGUAGAGGAUGCCAAGUAUGUAUUUGAGGCUAAAACCAUUCAGAGAAUGGAGCUUCUAGUGCUCUCAACUCUUCAAUGGAGGAUGCAUUUAGUGACUCCAUAUUCUUUUCUUGAUCACAUUGUGAAAAGGCUUGGGUUGAAGAACGAUCUUCACUUGGAGUUUUUCAGGCGUUCUGAGUACCUUCUCCUUUCUCUACUUUCAGAUUCAAGGUUUGUGGGGUAUCUUCCAUCUGUCUUGGCAACUGCAACAAUGAUGGAAGUGAUAGAUCAGAUUGAGCCUCAUAAGAAAUUAGAGCACCAAGAUAAGCUUCUGGGUGUCCUCAAAAUGAACAAGGAAAAAGUGCAAUGCUGUUACGAUCUUGUUGUGGAGCAUUCAAAGGCUUAUGUCGAUGGCUUUUAUCAUCCUAUCAACACCCACAAGCGCAAGCAUGAACAACAAGCUCCUGAUAGCCCAAAUGGCGUGAUUGAUGCAGGUUUCAGUUCAGACAGCUCCAACGAUUCUUGGGCAUUCAGAGCAACAUCUGUUUGUUCAUCUCCUGAACCUUCUUUCAAAAAGAGCAAAUCUGAAGAGCCAAAGAUGAAGUUUCAUUCUCUUAACAGGCCAUUUCUUGACAUUGUUGGCAGCCCUUCUUGAUUCUUAAUUUCCUACCUCUUGUUCCCCCUCCAAAGUUCUAGGAAAUGAUUGUUGUUUAUAAAUGCUGCACAAUUUCUCAGUUUUGUUGCUGAAAGUUGAGGGAACUUUUCUUCCAUUGUUAUCCAAUUGCCCACAAAUGCCCUUGGGCUUCCAAGAUGCUAAGAAUGAAGAGAAGAGCACUCAUGGGGGAUUUGAUUUGAUGGGAAUUUUCACAAGAACAGAAGUAACCAGAAAAAAUGGGCAUUGGAGAAGACAAAACAAAAACAAAAACAAAAAAAGUAUGCAGUCUGUCUUUCUUCUCUCUAAAACUGUAUACAUUUCUGCCCUUCCCAUCCUGCUUGAUUUCAAAUCAGAUGACUUUUCUUUAUGUUUUGGACAAAACUCAUAUAUUAUUAUUAAAUAAAAGCACACCAUUUCUUGUUCA